AUGCCGCCAAAAGCAGAGAAGAAACCAGCUUCCACAGCCGCCAAAGCGCCAGCCACUAAAGCACCUGCUGAAAAGAAGGAGAAGAAAGCUGCUGGGGAGAAGGGCAAAAAGAAGAAAGUCAGAAAAGAAACCUACUCCAGCUACAUCUACAAAGUACUCAAGCAAGUCCAUCCAGAUACCGGUAUCUCAAACAAGGCCAUGAGCAUCCUGAACUCGUUUGUAAAUGAUAUUUUCGAACGUAUCGCCAGUGAAGCAAGUAAACUGGCUGCCUAUAAUAAGAAGAGUACCAUUUCCUCGAGGGAAAUACAAACGGCCGUCAGACUUAUCCUUCCCGGUGAAUUGGCUAAACACGCAGUAUCAGAAGGCACCAAGGCUGUCACUAAAUACACGAGUUCCAAGUGA